ACUCUUAAUAGACUCUUCACUUUCUUUUUCUUUUCUAACUCCAAAAACGAAGAGGUAAUAUUGCAGUCCGAGAGAGUAGAAGAAAAAGCGAAGAUUUUCCGCGCUACUACUGGCGGAGAAGACGGUGGUGAAGUAGGAAGAAAAGGAGAGAAAAAAAGGCGGGUUUGAAGCUUUUCAGGUGAUUGUCGAUCGACUGUAAAAAUGGCUAGUAGGACACCAAGGGAGCACAUAGAAGAGAUACGGAGGACAAAGUUUUCUAUUGGAGGAGAACCCAACCCACUCACUGAGGAUCUUCAUCAGGCUGUAAAGAAUCUGUCUGCUGAGCUUUAUGCCAAAGAUAUUCAUUUUCUCAUGGAACUCAUUCAGAAUGCAGAGGAUAAUGUGUAUGAAGAAGGAGUAGAGCCAUCCCUGGAGUUUGUUAUAACCUCGAAGGACAUAACAGCUACUGGAGCAUCAGCUACACUCUUGAUAUUCAACAAUGAGAAAGGUUUUUCCCCAAAGAACAUUGAAUCAAUUUGUAGUGUUGGCCGCUCCACCAAGAAAGGGAACCGUAAAAGUGGUUACAUUGGCGAGAAAGGGAUUGGCUUCAAGAGUGUAUUUCUGAUCACCGCACAACCCUACAUAUUCAGCAACGGUUACCAAAUACGAUUUAGUGAAGACCCUUGCGUGCACUGUAAUGUUGGCUAUGUUGUCCCAGAAUGGGUUGACGAAAAUCCUUCUCUUCCUGUCCUACGACAAAUAUAUGGCUCUCCAACUAAUCUCCCAACGACAGUGAUUGUGCUGCCUCUUAAGCCUGACAAGGUGGAACCUGUAAAGCGGCAGCUUUCAAGCAUUCAUCCAGAAGUUCUUCUGUUUCUUUCAAAGAUAAAGAAGCUGUCUGUCAGGGAAGACAACAAGGAUCCGACGCGCAAUACUGUCAGUGCCAUUUCUAUUUCAAGUGAAACCGAUUUUGUCACAAGGAAGAACAUUGAUGCCCAAUCUUAUAUGCUCCACCUUUCUGCAGCUGAGAAAGGUGAUGCUGUUGCAGAAUGUAGUUACUAUAUAUGGAAGCAGAGGUUUCCUGUCAUAGAGGAGUGUAGAGUAGAAAGAAGAAUGGAUGUAGAUGAUUUGGUUAUUAUGUUGGCUUUACCGAUUGGCGAGCGUAUUCACAGAGGAACUAGCUCUCCGGGGAUCUAUGCUUUCCUUCCUACAGAGAUGGUCACAAAUUUCCCAUUCAUAAUACAGGCGGAUUUUGUUCUAUCAUCUUCCAGGGAAAGCAUCCGUUUGGAUAAUGCUUGGAACCAAGGGAUUCUUAACUGUGUGCCUUCAGCUUUUGUUAAUGCAUUCACUUCUCUUGUAAAAUCAAGUGAAAAUGCCCCAGUUUCUAGUUUGCCUCCUAUGUUCAUAUUUUUACCCGUAAAUGCUUCUCCAUUUACGAAUCUUAAUUCCGUGAGAGCCAGUAUUCAAAAGAAGUUGAUGGAUGAAAAUAUUAUCCCAUGCGAGUUGUACUCAGAACAGAAGAUUUUCCAGAAACCAGGUGAAGUGAGCAGGCUUAUGCCUGCUUUCUGGGAAUUGUUAAGAAAGGGAAAGAAGCAAGGAGUGAGCUUGUCCAAUAUUUCAACUCAUGGAAGACACAUUUUAUGUUCUUCAUUUGAUGAAAAGAAGUACGAUGAAGUAUUAACUUUUCUGGGAUUGAAAUAUGUAGAUGAUGAAUGGUAUGCUAAAUGUAUAGGAAGUUCUAAUUUUGUAUCGGGAGUGUCAGAGGAUCUUUACUUGGAUUUUCUCUUGUUCCUUGCUGAGAAUUGGGGCUCCUUUGCAAGUACAAGUUUCACGAAUAUUCCACUUCUCAAGUAUGUUCGUGGUGAUGGAGUUGUGUGCUUGUGCAGCAUCAAUUACUCAUUAGGCCAUCCUUCCAUGUUGCUACUGUCUAGUGAGUCCCGUCAUAUCUCUUGGCUGAUUGAUUGGAGCAAGGAAUUCCGAUGUGCAGGAAAUAAAUUUUUCUUGCCGAAAUCCAUGCAAGAUUUAAUUUGGUCCUAUUGUAUGGGGAAAACAAUAUUAGAUUGGCUUGUAAAUCAAGUCAAAGUUGGUUCUGUAAAUGUGAACGACUAUGCAAGUCUCCUCAGUAAGUCACUUAAUGGAAACCCAAACUCUGUUGUCAUCUAUGCCCACUUCCUUUACCACUCUUUGGGAAGAAAUUUUUUAUCGAAAGGAGAAGUUGAUCGACUUUGUUUUUCAAUGCCACUAGUUGAUAAUUAUGGGCAAGUGACCACUGGCAUUGGAAGCAUUCUUGUCCCAGCAAAGGGAAGCAGAUGGUUACAACUGAUUGGUUCAAAUCCAUGGAGAAAAGAAGGCUACAUUGAGCUAGGAGAGGAAUAUUUGCAUCCAGGCUAUCAUGCUGGUCUUUACAGCUCUGAAAAGGAGUUUGCAGAAUUUCUUAAUGUUCAUCUUGGAGCAUCAGAUAUACCUGAUAUACCUCCUCCAGAUGCUGCAAUUCCUAGUGUUUAUUCCAUGCUUACCAAGCAAAAUGCAUUCUUGCUACUGGAUUGGGUUCAUACUUUGCAAAGGAAGCAGAUUAACAUCCCAGCUGAGUUCUUGACAAGCAUGAAGGAGGGUAAUUGGGUAAGAGUUUCUUUGGGUGGCAGUGCUGGAUGUGGACCUCCAUCACAAUCAUUCUUGCUUUCGGCAUCAUCAGCGAGUAAUCUGCAAAAUGCACCAAUCUUAGUUGAUAUUCCAAUAAUUGAUCAGAAAUUCUAUGGUGAUAGGAUUAAUAACUAUGUGGGAGAGUUGAGGAUACUCGGUGUCAAGUUUGAAUUUCAAGAAGCCUGUCAAUAUAUUGGCAACCAUCUUAUGUCCCGAGUAGCUGCAUCAAAUUUAACCAGAGCCGAGGUUCUUUCAAUACUAAAGUUCAUCGAGUUUUUGGGUGAUAGAAUGCUUCCUGUUGACAAUUUCUUUGCCAGUAUUAAAGGAAAAAGAUGGCUGCGGACUUCCCAAGGCUACAAGAAGCCUGAAGAGUCUGUCCUCUUCAAUGAGGACUGGAAAGCUGCAUCGAAGACCAGUAACAUUCCAUUCCUUGAUCAGGAUUUCUACGGGAAGGAGAUUCUUUCUUUCAAACCAGAACUGAAGCUACUUGGUGUGGUUUGUUGCUUCAAUAAAUGUUACAUGGAUGUAUACAUUGACAACUUCAAGGCUCCAGCAGCCUGGAACUCACUUUCUGCUGAAGCUUUUCUUUUCAUUCUCGAAUGUUUAGGAAUGUGGAAUUCGUCUGAAAAACUUGUGGCGGCACUUAAGCAUAACAAAUGUUUGAAGACAAACAUGGGAUUCAAAUCUCCAGCUGAAUGUUACUUGUUUGAUCCUCAAUGGGGUUUUCUUCUGCAGGUUUUUAAUAGUUUUCCUAUUAUCGAUGAAACUUUCUACAGGAGCAGAAUCUCGUCUUUCAAAAUGGAGUUAAACAUGAUAGGGGUGCACGUUCAAUUUGAAGAAGCAGCUGGGGCAUUUGCGAAGUUCUUUAAGCAGCAGGCAUCACUGCGCUCGAUAAGCAAGGAUACUGUGCUUUCCCUUUUAUCGUGCUAUAGAAAACUAAAUGCACCUGGUGUCCUGUUUCCUUCUGAUGUGAAGAAAUGCUUCAAUGAAGAAAAAUGGUUGAGGACUAAACACGGUGAUUAUAGAUCCCCAAAAGAUUGUAUCCUAUAUGGAACAGACUGGGAACCAAUUUCUGAAAUUGCUGUUUUGCCUUUUAUUGAUGACCUCGGUUAUCACUCCAGAAAGGCCAUUCAUAAGUAUAAAUUUGAGCUCCAAGAACUAGGAGUGGUGGUUGAACUGAGGAAUGGUGCAAAAUUUGUAACUGCUGGGCUUCGAUUACCUGAUGAUCCAAGCAGCAUAACACCUGCAGCUGCAUAUUCAUUGUUGGAGUGCCUAAAGAAUUUACAGAGAGAGCCGAAUGAGCGUGUACUUGAUGCCUUUGCAUGUAAAGUUGACGAAAGAUGGUUAAAGACAACUGCAGGCUACAGAUAUUCAAAGGAGUGCUUGUUGUUUGGUUCUGAAUGGAAAUCUAUCUUACAGCAGGAAGAUGGCCCAUUCAUUGAUGAAAACUUCUAUGGCUCCAAUAUUGCGUCUUACAAAAAGCAGCUCUGUGCAUUGGGUGUUAUUACUGAUAUCAACAGUGGGUGCCCAUUGAUGGCCAAUUUUCUUGAUUUUCAUACAGAGUUUAAGGCCAUCACUCGAAUCUAUGAAUACCUGUACAGAUUCGACUGGAAGCCAAGCGAUGAAGGAAGCAAGAGGAUAUGGAUUCCUAGUGACAAUAGCACUGGAGAAUGGGUGAGCCCUGAAAAGUGUGUUCUUCACGACACACUAGGCCUCUUUGGUUCUCAGUUGUAUGUCUUGGAGAAGCACUAUCAAAAGGAUAUUCUGAGCUUUUUCAGCAGUGCUUUUGGAGUUAAAGCUAAUCCUUCCCUUGAUGAUUACUGCAAGUUGUGGAAGAUAUGGGUAGACAGCAACCGCGAAUUAUCAAAUGCUGAUUGUUGUGCUUUUUGGGGCUUUGUUAUAAAGCACUGGAAUUCACGGACUAAGGAACUUCUGUCAGAAGAGUUGUCCAAAAUCCCUGUUUUCACAGGUUCUGAUAGUACUUUAUUGUUUGACAAACACGAAGUUUUUAUUGCAGAUGAUCUGUUUCUGAAAGAUCAUUUUGGGCAGCUAUCUUCUUGUCCUCUAUUUGUCUGGUUUCCUCAGCCAAGCUUGCAAUAUUUGCCCAGGGGAAAGUUGCUCGAGAUAUAUGCCCAAAUUGGUGUGCGCACUCUCUCUGAAUCUGUUGAAAAGAAGUUGCUUUCAUUGCAUGGAUUUCAUUUCGAGCAAGUCAAUCCCAAGGAAAUCUUUAUUGGCAGAGGACUCUCCAAACUAAUCCUUGGCUUUCUUGCUAGUCCUUCACUUGGACUCGAAGCAGAGAAAAGACAUGAAGCUCUUAAAUGCCUCUUGAAUAUCACUGUUCUUGUGACACCUGAGCCUAUCAAUGUGGGUUACAAGUUAUUGCUUUCUUCUGGGGAGUUCCUGUAUGUGGAAGCAAGCCGAAUGAUGCGCUGGGAGAGCGAAGAUUCAAAGUUCUUUCUGCAAAAGUUUGACAAAUCAGGCAGUCGCAGAAAGAUGCUCGAGUACGCUACACAUUUUGCUGAAGUUCUUUCUGAGGGAAUUUUUCAGGGAUUUUGGGAAAAAGAAGAUCAUAUCUAUCAGCUGGCAGAAUUGAUCAAGUUAGGUUUCAUGAUGGAGUUUGAUGAGGCAGCCAUUGAUUUCUUGAUGAAGACCAAGAACUUGGAGAUAUUCUUGGAGGACGAAGAGUUCCUCUCAUCUGCUUUUUCACGUCACUAGGUACAAUCACUUCAAGGUCUUGACUUCUGAUAUGGCCCUGGAUUGAUAUGCAAGGAACUGUUGGCGACUCCCUAUAUUAUCCAUGUUAUUAAUCAUCUUUAUUUUCGUACUGCUAUAUAUGAUAGGUUUGUAAGUGAAAAGCAACCUGAAAACUAUGCUGUUCUGGUUUAGAAAAUUGUUGAAGCAUUUUUCGUUCAUGAUCAAUAUAUUGUCAAGGAUGCAUGGCUACUCA